AGGCGGGGACGUUUCAGUUUAAAUUUACGCAGACCGAAACCAGCGGCAGAGGCGGAUGAAGAGUUGCUAUCGUAAACAUCACUACAGUAUCACUACUAAGACUUGAAUACCAACGAUUUCGUCAAUAUGUCGAAAAAGCAGAUUUUCUACUCCGACAAAUACACCGACGAGGAGUUUGAGUACAGGCAUGUGAUGCUUCCCAAGCAACUGUCCAAACUGGUGCCCACGUCACACCUGAUGACGGAGGACGAGUGGAGGGGCCUGGGCGUCCAACAGAGUCAAGGGUGGAUUCACUACAUGAUCCACAAACCAGAGCCACACAUUCUACUGUUCAGACGGGCUCUUCCACUGGAAUGAGGGAGGGCUAUCUCUCGUGUCUAUAUGUAAUUAUCGUUCUCCAGGCCCUUCCUCUCUCAAGAGUGCAUCUCCAAAUGUUGUUUCUUUUAUUUAAAAACUUGUAAAAAAGGGCCAGCAGGACUGAGAGCUGAAAGUUGGAGCUCAGCUGUUAUGGCCAACAAGGUACAAGUUGUGCUGUGUUUGAUGAGCUCAAUGCUUACCGUAUGAAGGUAGAAGUUUCCCUGGAUCAGUCACAUUGUUCUGCUUUGAUGUUUUAUGUUUCUUUAAUGUAAGAAUUUCAUGUUCUGAAAGUACUUCUAUGGUUCAAUCUUUUAUUUGUCCUUUAUGCUGAUGGCCUUUAUGAGCAUUUGUUCUUUCCGCAACUAUUUCAUUCUGUUUGAGAAAAAACUGUUUUGUAGUGACCUCAAUAAAAAAAGUGAAUUCACAUA